AAUAAACACUCCAGAAUGCUCAAAACUCUGAAAACAUUGAUGAAUUUUUCCUUUCUGUAUUUUUUUUUAGAUUGUGGUUUGAAUGUUCAUAAGCAGUGUUCCAAGAUGGUCCCAAAUGACUGUAAGCCAGACUUGAAACAUGUCAAGAAGGUAUACAGCUGUGACCUCACAACACUCGUGAAAGCCCAUAUCACUAAGCGACCAAUGGUGGUGGACAUGUGCAUCAGGGAAAUUGAAUCUAGAGGUCUUAAUUCUGAAGGACUGUAUCGAGUAUCAGGAUUUAGUGACUUAAUUGAAGAUGUCAAGAUGGCUUUUGACAGAGAUGGUGAGAAGGCAGAUAUUUCUGUGAACAUGUACGAAGACAUCAACAUCAUCACCGGUGCGCUGAAACUGUACUUCCGGGAUCUCCCGAUCCCACUCAUCACAUACGACGCCUACCCGAAGUUCAUCGAGUCGGCCAAAAUCAUGGAUCCUGACGAGCAAUUAGAAACCCUCCACGAGGCACUGAAGCUGCUGCCCCCUGCGCACUGCGAAACCCUGCGGUACCUCAUGGCACAUCUCAAGAGAGUGACCCUCCACGAGAAGGAGAAUCUUAUGAACGCCGAGAACCUUGGCAUUGUGUUCGGCCCGACCCUGAUGAGAUCUCCAGAACUAGACGCCAUGGCCGCCUUGAACGAUAUACGAUAUCAGAGACUGGUGGUGGAGCUGCUUAUCAAAAAUGAAGACAUUUUAUUUUAAAUUUUAGUUCGCGGGGGAAAAAGUGUUUUACAGAUGAAGGAAGGUUUUAUAGUAAUUUAAUUGGCUCUUAUAGCUGAAUUAUUUCUUGGUUAGAAGUUUGGGCAGAUAGCCAGAUUAAAAUGAAGGAACUUUCCACGGUUUCCGUAGCACCGCUCAGCUGUCCUUGUAAAACAGUGAACACACGCGCUCCAGUUCUAGUAACCCUGGGUGUUUAUCAUGUUAAGAGAAACUCAAGCUACUGCAUGAUUAGCCCCCUCUUUGGCAAGGGAACCCCACACAAAGGAGACAACAAGCCUGCACCGCCUUUUUGUCCCGGAUAGUCUGUGGUUGUAAUUCCGCAUGUUUCGCAGAGUAAAUCUGUCGUGACUCGCUUUUGGGUUCUAGGUCUUUGGUUUCUGACGCUUCUACAAAUGGGCCCACAAAUGGAUGGAACAGCACCUCUGGCUGUCCCGCAUCCCCAUAGACUAGAACAUAGGCGUCCGACUCUCGCAAACGCUGCACUUCUGCUUUCUCCUCGUUCUUCUCUGACAGAGUCCUUUGUUUCCAGCAAAGGCAAAAUGUGUUUUCAGAUUUGUUACUUUAGUCAAUUAUCCACCAAUAAAAAAGUACAAUGCAGAACA